AUGACGGCCGUUGAUACCUACGAGAAAGGCGCGCCAGUUGAAGAGAAUAUCACCAGGGAGUCUUCGCAGACAAGUCCGACACCACAACAUGGACAAGAUGGCGAGGUCGUGAAGGAGAAAUUCGGCGCAAGGGUACUGCGCAACCUGAAAACCCCCGGCUCGGCUCUACAGAUCGUGAUCGCAGCUCUUGUCGCGGUGGGCAUUGGGCUGGCGGUGUCGUUCACUGUGGAUGAUAUUCCUGAAGCCGCCCCGGUGGUGCUCCAAAUUCCAGGCACCCUAUGGCUUCGUGCGCUGCGAGCAACUGUACUUCCUCUCAUUAUUACGGCAAUCGUCCUUGCUGUACAGAAUCUGAAAGCGAUGACAAAGGGAGGGUCCAAAUUAGCAAAAUGGACUAUCGGGUACUACGUUUUAACCACCGUGUUAGCCGUCGUUCAUUCCAUGAUUUUGAUGGACUUAGUAUGGUCGAACCUCAUGGUGCAAGCGGAUGCCGGUAGCCUGGAAGUAGCGGAAGAGGAUCAAGAGACCAUCGACGAGCGCGCCAGCCAACAACCUCACGACAUCGUCGUAACUGUCUUCACCAGCUUUAUCCCUCAGAACGUCUUCCAGGCUCUGGCAGAGGACCAGCUACUCGCCGUGCUGGUCACAGCGGUGGUAGUCGGCUGCCUGCUCAAGCCCAACUCCUCUCUGCUGCGAGCAAUCAAGGAAAUCGACCGAAUCGUCUAUGUCAUCAUCGAAUUCCUGAUCAAACUGGCGCCAAUCGGUGUCUUCUUCUUGAUCGUCAGCAAUUUGAUGACUUUGGACGUCGCAACAAUCGGCCAGAACUUGGGUGUCCUCAUCGGUGCAUCCCUUGCGGGAAUGUUUAUCCACCUCCUGAUCUUCCUCCCCGCAAUCUUCUGGAUUUUCACAAGACAGAACCCCUUCACCUGGUGGCUCAAACAUGCACCCGCUUGGAUUCUUGCUUGGGGUUCAGCAUCUUCCGCCGCAACUUUGCCGGUAACCAUGCGCUGCUUGGGCAAGAACAAAGUACCCAGUAACGUGUACAAAUUCACCGCUCCGCUUGGAUGUCUGAUCAACAUGGACGGCACGGCAAUCUACUUCCCUGUCGUAGUCGUCUUCCUAGCCAUCACUCAGGGCAUGACCCUGAAUGCCGGCGAUUACGCUCUUAUCGUGAUACUGAGCGUUCUUUCCUCGAUUGCAACCACGCCUAUUCCUUCCUCUUCGCUCGUCUUGACGGUCAUUAUCGCGGACAGCGUUGGAAUUCCUAUCACCGGAAUGUACGCCGUAGUUGUGGCUAUCGAUUGGUUCAUCGAUCGUUUCAGAACGGCACUCAAUGUGAGCAGCGACAUUUUCGCUGCAAGAAUUAUGGCAAAGGUCACCGGGAUCACAGACGACAACCUGGACGCGGGCGAAGACGGGCAGGCUGUGGAGGAGGUGGAGCGCGUUAUGAGGGAGAACCAGGCUCCUCGAUAGGAGACGUUGGGUUCGUCUGUAG